AUGAUCGACGAGCUUGAGCGAAAAGAGCAAGAAUUGCACAACAGGCUUCAAGAACUUGAGUCGGUCACAGUCGCCGACCCAGGCACCGUGGAUACCUCGAGUCCAGAUGACAGGCAUACUGUGAGAUCCAUAGCAGCGUCAUCACCCGCUACACGCGAGGGAGCCAGCUUGAGCUUCAUCGCACACCUAUUCUCAGACGCAAAUUGGAGAAAGUCGCAUGCCACGUUGCUGAGAACACUGGCAGAUGCGCCCGGUACCGAUGAAGUCUCGAUAGCCCCAUGCUCUUUGCCAUCCGCAGUAGAGACACAGAUGUUGUUCGACAAAUACUUGAGUUGGGCGCACAUACAAAACCCAUUUCUCCUCCGUAGAAGUGUCUGGGCACUGCAUCAACGCCUCUUCAAUGGUCAGGGCACUUCCACGAAAGCAACUAGCCAUGACCUGUUCAGAGCUUUCAUGAUUUGUGCCAUUGGGGCAGUUCUGCCUUACCGCAACAAGCUACACCAUCGCCAUCCAGAAGCAUACUAUAAUGCAGCUCUACAACACCUGGGUGCCGAAUUUCUGACUCGGGGCCUAGAUUCUGUUCAGGACUUAUUGCUGAUAUGUAGAUUUGGCAUCUACCAUCCCAUUGGCACUUCCAUUUGGGACGUUGUUCGGCUUUGCGGACGCCUCUGUAUUGAACUUGGGCUCCAUAAUGGUACCGAUAUCCGAGGCGAUCUACUACAAACACAGCUCAGAAGGAGAAUAUUCUGGCAAUUCUAUUUGAUCGAUCGGUACAGCUCAACAACUCUGGAUCGUCCAUUUUUGAUCGACGACGCGGAUAUCGAGACAAAGUUUCCAGUUGAAGUUAGCGACGAGGAACUCGAAGCCGCCAGUCAGGAUGUUCAAAGCCUCGAUUCCUUGAACUUUACUCGCGAGCCUAAUGUGCAGAAUGAAAUGACCGUCUUCUUCAUCUCUGUGCGGCUGAGACAGAUAUCGUCACAUAUACAGACCGAGUUCUCCAAGCUGCGGCGGAAGAUCUCCAAUACCAGGUCGAAGCACUUACUCGCGGGUCACGUCCAUGUUGUCAUGACGAACCUGUUAAGGGAAUUGAAAGACUGGAGAAACAGAAAUCCCAUCAUACAAGAGCCGAGUUGUCUCUACGAAACACAAGAGUGGUAUGACUUGCUAAUUGCCCGCGAGAGAUUAUCUGUCCUCCGUCGCGCAAUUGAUCUAGUCCCAAAAGUCAAUGGAUCUCCAUCAAAAGAGAUCUUGACAGUCUUUCUCGGAUCUGCGCUGGAGACUAUUGAGAGAUAUCACAUCAUAUGUCAGAAACGAGAGAUGAUGACACAUACACGAAGCUACUUCCAUAUGCUCUUCACGGCUGGGUUGUCGGUCAUGUACUGCAUAUCUGUAUCCAAGAAGAUUACUCAGGAAGACAUGCGCGCAUCUUAUCAAGGUCUGCUCCGUUGCCAAGAGCUAUUGAAUAGCGUCGCACGACAACUCCCGGAUGCUAAAAGCUAUGUCUCCGUCUUUGAAGCUCUGCACCGAGAUGUAUCACAAAGGCUAUGGCCCAACGUGCGAGAUAUGUCUUUUCUCUCCGGACCUCGGCACAAGUUCUUUACCUAA